AUCGCUAUUAAAUAAAGAUUCAAGAAGAUUCUAGCAUAAUAACAUUUCCUAUUUUGUUCCGACAGUCUCAAGAAAUUCUCUCGAGAAAUUCCUUUCGAUUGAGAAGUUGAGAUUUUGGGAUCUUGUGAAAGUUCGAUCUUUUUUUAUUUAAAAAUAUUUGAAGUUAUUCAACACUUAUUUUUCGUAUUUUUUUAAAAACAAAACAAAAAUUUAUCAUGUCUUCAAAUGCUGUUUUUUUAUCCCUUCUCUCCCACUUUGACAAUGAAGCAGGUAAUCUUACUUUCGCACCUAUGGACGGAUUGAUAAAUAAUAUUGUUGAGGAACAACAACAUAUUCUUGUCGUAGAUAAUAGUCUCUCCAUAAAUACGGUAAUGGAAUGGGAGACGAGUCAUCCAGCUAGUGAACCUAACAACAAUUCAACGAUGCAACUUCUGAUUUUUAUGAAAUACAGAAAUAUCAUUUCUGAAAGCGAAGUAUCUCAAGAAUCAGAGGUGCCUAAAGCUGAAACACCUUCUGCUGCUCCGUCUACUCCUGUCACUCCUGUCACUCCUGUUCGCAGUAAAAGAGGAACAUAUCGUAAGUAUACUGAAAAGCAAGUCCUGGAUUUUUUCCAUUUGGUAUUCGAAUGUGGUAUGACAGCAAAAACUGCUUCUGAGAAGACUGGUAUCGUCAUUAGAACUGGUUAGAACUAUAUCCGUCAGGAAAGACUGCGAAGAGCAGCUGAAUACGAACCCCCUUCUGAUGUCUCUGGACAAGCAAUUGAAGAGAAACCUGUGAAAACAGGAAACAAGAAACUUUUUGAUGACCACUCUAAGUUCUUGGUACAACUUUAUGAGAAAAAUCUUGCAGCUACAUUGGCACAAGCUAGGAAAGCCUUAUGCAAAGAAUUUGAGGGCUUGACUAUCACCUUGUCUGGGUUUCAGAAGCACUUGGUGAAGAAGUGUUGUUUGACUAUGAAGAAGCUUGAAAAGCUACCGGCGAAAAGAUGCUCUCAAGAUACAAUAGAACUUCGUUGCGAACGUCUACUAGAAUGGCAAUCUUUAGACGACUUGGAUUAUUCAUCUAACUGCGUUUUCCUUGAUGAGGCGGGAUUUAAUAUGCACAUCAAGAGAAAUUUUGGCCGCUCUGUUCGCGGAAAACCAGCAAAGGUCGAAGUUCCAA